AUGUCAUUUUUAAAUGAGUUGAAGAAUAUUUUUUCAUUAUCAACAUUGGAUACAAGAUUAGAUCCAACUUAUUCUCAGAAUAAUAAGAAACAACAGAGUAUCAAGAACACAUCAACAAAAUCAAAAUGGUCAACUUUAGAGUUUAAAUUAUACUACGUGGUGUUUUUAAUAGUAGUUCCAUUGAUGUUUAAAGCAGCAAUGGAUGCAUCAAAUGAAACCAACCCAAAUUAUCCCCGUUUUCAACAUUUGUUAAGUCAAGGUUGGCUAUUCGGAAGAAAAGUGGAUAAUUCAGAUCAACAAUAUCGAUUUUUCAGAGAUAAUUUUCCAUUAUUAAUUUUACUAGUCAUAUUGCAUGUUUUAUUGCGAAAAAUUUUGACUCCUUUGUUGGGUAUUAAAAAGAGAACUUACUUUGAUUUCGGAUUUGGAAUUAUAUUUCUAGUUGGUGCACAUGGAGUUAACGUUUUAAAAAUUGUCACAUUAAUUGGUAUAAAUUAUAUCAUUGGAAAAUAUGUUAAAAAUCGAAAAGCAGCAAUUUGGUUUACUUGGAUCUAUGGCGUAUCGACUUUAUUUUUCAAUGAAUGGUAUGGACAUUUUAGAUACGGUGUGCCAUUCUUAGAUGGCGGAUUCAAAGGAAUUAUAGCGAGAUGGGAUGUCUUUUACAAUUUUACUUUGUUGAGAAUGAUAUCAUUUAAUCUCGAUUACAUCGAAAGAGAACAUCAAUUAAGCAGGAUCGCUGAUAAUGAAAAAAACGGCACACUUUUGAACUUAAAUGAUCGAGAAAGAUUGAAUGCACCUUUACCUUUGACGGACUACAAUGUUAUCAAUUAUCUUGCUUAUCUUUUAUAUACUCCGUUAUUUAUUGCAGGUCCAAUAUUAACAUUCAACGAUUAUGUUUACCAAUCAAAUUAUCAACAAUCAUCAUCAGUUAAAGACUACAAGAGAAUUUUCAUUUAUUUCUUAAGAUUCAUAUUCUGUUUAUUAACUAUGGAGUUUGUACUUCAUUUUAUGUAUGUAGUUGCAGUAUCCAAAACGAAAGCAUGGGAUGGAGAUACACCUUUUCAAAUAUCAAUGUUGGGAUUAUUCAACUUGAAUAUCAUAUGGUUGAAAUUGUUAAUUCCUUGGAGAUUAUUUCGAUUCUGGUCUUUAUUGGAUGGUAUUGAUCCACCAGAAAACAUGAUUAGAUGUAUGGAUGAUAACUUUUCAGCAUUAGCCUUUUGGAGAGCUUGGCAUAGAUCUUUCAAUAGAUGGGUCAUUAAAUAUAUUUAUGUUCCUAUGGGAGGGGGAGGAAAUUAUAGAAUUUUAAAUAGUUUGCUCGUGUUCAGUUUUGUUGCUAUAUGGCAUGAUAUAGAGCUAAAACUAUUAAUGUGGGGCUGGUUAAUUGUCUUAUUUUUGAUACCUGAAUUAACAGCAUCUAUAUAUUUCAAAAAAUUUAAUCGAGAAUGGUGGUUUAGAUAUUUAUGUGGAUUAGGUGCCGUUGUUAAUAUAUGGAUGAUGAUGACAGCAAACUUGGUAGGAUUUUGCUUAGGUAAAGAGGGAACUUUACAAUUGAUCAAAGAAAUUUUCAAAACUUUCUCAGGUAUAAGAUUCUUUGUGGUCUCAUCAAGUUGUUUAUUCAUUGCAUCUCAAGUCAUGUUUGAACUUAGAGAAAGUGAACGAAGAUCCGGAAUUGAUGUCAGAUGUUGA